CAUCCAAUACAAUGUGACUCGGGUGUCCCAUUUAAUUGGAGGAACUGAAAUUGUCCUUUUCAGCCUUACUAGAGUUGUCUCCCUGUACACACUGAUGCAGAGACGAUGGAUUCACUUUUAUUUAUUUAUGCUUUGAUCGACGAAGGAGCAUUACUUUUUUUAGCUGUUUACUUUAUUAUUACAUUGUCGGACCUGGAAUGUGACUACCUGAAUGCAACAUCAUGUUGUGAAAAACUGAACUGGUACAUGCUACCAGAGAUUAUAGCACAAGAUGUGAUGACUGUGUUGCUGCUGCUGUCUGGCCACUGGAUUAUCUUUCUCAUGUAUGCACCGCUGGGAGCUUGGCUAACUUACAAAUAUGUGAUGAAGCCAUCAGGCAAUAUAGGCAUGUUUGACCCAACAGAAAUUCACAACCGCCAGCAGCUCAAAGUCUACAUGAAGGAGAGUCUUGUCAGGCUUGGCUUCCACCUGCUGUUUUUCUUCAUUUUCCUCUACUGGAUGAUUUAUUCCUUGGUUAAAGGUUCUGAUGAAACGAGCUGAGAUUAGUGUGCCUGCUUGAAAAUUAAAACAACUCAUCUGUGAAAAUACCUACCGUCACAUUGACUUUUGUGUCUGUUUAUACUUACUGGUUUAUUUUCCAUCAUCAUGUUCAUUUUCACUUCCAUGUUGUCAGUAUCGUCUAUCAAUGCCAACAUUGUGUUCAGCAAAUGUUUUAUUAAGAACAUUACAAAACGAAGCUUCGUGCUUAAUAUUUAUAUUUUACUUGUUUUUCAAAUUAUUUAAAUAAGUUAAUUUUAUUUUUUUAAAUUUCAAACAAUACCUUGACAGGUGAAGAAAAUUAGCACUUUAAUACUGAACAAAUAUAAUAAACAAAUAUUGAUAUCCAUGUGUACUGAUAUAUGUGCAAUCAAAUCAGAAUCUACUUUUGGAAAAUGUGUAUUUUACAUGUUAAUACAAACUGUUACAAUCAACAAAGCUUAAUUUAUAUUGAUAUAUAUUUAAUGUAAUAGAAUCUACUUAAGGAAAGGCUAUGAGCCUGGUUGGUAAAGCACUAGCGGUAAUAUUCUUAAGUACCAGUAUGUAAAUGUAUGUUUUAAUAUCGGGCUAGUUAUGGGUCUCGCCAAAUUCGUCAAUUGCAUAUUUUAAAACAGUUGGCAAAUACAUUUCAUGUAAUAAUUGUUUUGUUUUAGUUUUUUUUAAUAUCUGGGUUUUUGCAGCAGUUUUUGAAGUUUAAAUAGAUGAUUUAGUGAAGGUUUCUGCUCACCCACAGCUAGCCCUGUUUAUUAAAAUGAUUUACUACAACGAAACUCCAGUAUUGUCACCACUUGAUAAUUAGACUAUUACAUAAUUAGAUUUUAAUUUUUGUUCCAUUAUUCAGUCGUUCAGCAUUUAGCGAUGGUGUAACUUCCAGGAUUGAAAAAGUCUCAAAGUAAAGAAUAAUAAUUCUUAUUACAUGUAUAAUAAAUCAUAAUUUCAAACAUUAUGUAGUGUUUUCCCUAGAAAUUUGGCAAGGCAUGGUAGACAAAACACUUUGUGGUAAUUUUCACCAUUUUCAGGGCACUUUUGUUUUUUGCUUUAAAGACAAAUUUUUUUUUGAAAUAAACAUAACUGUAAUUAAUGUUUUUGCUUUUAUCAAUGAAUGGCAUAAUAUAUAACAGGGAUGUUUUUAUUAAUUAACAAUACAUUUUUUUAGUGUUUCAUCAAGGCAGUUUUAGAAUUAAUUAUUGAAAAAGGCUUUUUUUAAUCUUAGUGCAGCAUGGCACAGGUUAAGGCAAGAUGGUGCUAGAUUACUGAGGCAUGGUGCUGCGCCAUGUUAAAACAAGCUGGGGAAAACACUAUUAUGCUAUAGUAAUUAUCAGAAUGAUUAGCUGUGAUAUAGCUUAGUUGGUAGAGUGAUCACCUGAGGUGCUUGGGUCGAAGGAUCGUACCUCUGAUUGGUUUCUUUUCCCCAUCCCAACCAGUGCCCCUCGACUGGUGUAUCAAAGGCCAUCAUAUGUAGUGAAAAUUAUAUUUGCAAAAUGUCAUUGAUUGUUCUUGUUAUAAGCAAGGUUGUGAUAUGUUUGGGGAAUAUAUGACUGUACUUGAUUAGUGGUCCUUCUGUUAAUUUUUAUACAAAAUCAGCAAACAUACAUUUAUUUCAAAUGUUUUAGAAUUAUUGGUAUUAUGGUCCUGAUCAGGUUUUGACACUACCAUGGAUAAAGGUUACUUUUUAGCAUUUCUAUUCAAUCUACUUCUGCAAAAUUAUUUUAUACACCACACCACACCACACCCCCCCCCCCCCCCCCCCCAAUAAAAAAAGAAUUGUAAUCGUAUAAAAAAGCUGAGAAAUUACUUCCAUGUUCUUGUUUUACUAGAAGGUUACAAUUUGUACACUAUUUGAUGAGUAAAAGUAAUAUACAGGUGGCUCAGUCUAAAUCGGAUUCAAAAGGGACCGGCAGAAUGUGCCAUAUUAGACAUGUGACCCAAGCUAUUGGUAAUGGAGGGGAUUUUGAGAUUGUGCCAGUUUACAUAAAAAUAUGUAAGUUAUGCAAAUGCCAGUUUGGACAAAGUGUACUGUAACCACAUUAUAUACCUCAGUGUUCUUGAAAUUCAUAACUAGGUUGGCGCACCCUACAUUGCUGGUGUCACCAAGCAUCAUCUCAUGGUUGUUAAAGGAACAUCAUUUUUAAUUGUAUGUAGAACUUUUGAUUUACUGACAGCUUUAGUUAACCUUUAAAAAUCAGCCAUGUCAGGUAUGAGGCAUCCAUGAUUGCAGAAUAUGGCAUUUUCGUUCAAAUCUAAAUUGUUCUUACUUAUAUUACACCCAGUUCGUGUCCUAACAUGAGGUAUCUGUAGGUAUACAGUUUUUAAAAUGUCCUAGGGGACCCUCUCCCCCAUUGGGCUAUAUGGUAGUGCUUGGAUGGCCUUCUGUUCAGCUGUUGGAGAAAACUGAUACAUGUACAUAUAUUUUGGUCUAGGACACCUAAACUCAUAUGCUUAUGUUUGGUGGGUCUCACUAUUUUUAAAAUGUAUUAUUAAUUUUGUAUUUAUGUUGCAGGGUUUGUAUGUGAUCAAGCAUUAAAAAACACUGCCAACAUUAAAGUAUAUAUGUAUGUAAGCUUUUUGGACAAAUAUGUCUUGUUUUUUGUGUUUUUUUAUCAUUUGGUAUUAUUUUAUACUUAAUAUUAAGAUGAUUUGUAAAUAUACUCUUCAAAAGAAGAAACGCAAAACCACAUUGUCGUAACAUUUGGAGAAUUGAUUUAAUUAUUGAAUGGUGAGUCCGAUAAUUACCAAAUGUUGCAGGAUU